AUGACUAAACACACAUAUGUUUGGCGUGAUAAAGUUUCAAGGGAUGAUGAACAAGACCUUACAAGAUACUGCGCACGUGAAAUAACCACGUAUUUGAAAGGCUGGCCAAGUCAUGCAAGAUCAUGUGAUGAUGAAGAACUUCAUGAAGAGCAAGAUUUCUGCCGACUUUAUAAUUUAGUGCAGCAAAGAAUCAAUUCGAACAGACUGUCAGAACAUAAGAAUAAAGAGUGGCAACUUCCAACUUCAGAAGACUUGCGACUUCGACAAAUCACUUAUAUUCAAAACAUUGAUUGA